AUGUCGUGUGGAAAGGGCAAGAUGGUGUUGCUGCUGGCAGUGCUUGUUGCAGCUGCGCUGAAGACGACUGUGGCUCAGGAUUAUUGCGAUCCGGAGCUGUGUGAUCCCGGAGACGCUCAUAUUGGGUGUAACAACCCGGGAGGCUUCACCAGCAACUGUCCGGAAGGUGCUCAGGUGAUUGAAGUUACUGAGGAGUAUAAGAAGAUCAUGCUGGACGAGCACAACAAGUAUCGCAGCACUAUUGCAACUGGUGGAGUAAAAUGGCUUCCGAAGGCCAAGCAGAUGACUACGAUGACAUGGGAUGAUGAGUUGGCAAAGAUGGCACAGUUGAAUGCCAACCGGUGUGUGCAGAAGCACGAUGCCUGUCACAACACUGCCAGCAUCCGUUACUCGGGUCAGAAUUUGAACCACAUCAAAACGACGGCUCCAUCGAUCGACAACAUCCCGCAGGUGAUCAAGGAUCUCAUCUCGUCCUGGUGGGACGAGCGUCUCGAUGUGAACUCGCGCAUGGUCAACAGCAUGUACGAUCCGGGCAAACACACCAUGAUCUUCCACUUCGCUGUAAUGGCGGCGGACAAAUCGAACAAGAUCGGGUGCGCCAUGUCACAGUGGUCCGACAAUGGUGACCCGUUCCUGUACCUGGUGUGCAACUAUUCCUUCACCGAUUUCGUCGGUCUGCCGAUGUAUGCUGCCGGAGAUCCGUGUACCGGCUGUACGACCGGUUGCAAUACCGCUUACGAGGGUCUGUGUAAUCCGGAUGAGCCGGUGUCUGUGCCGUUCUAA